UGUUACCUGUAUUUCAGUGCAGGUACUCAGAGUGAACAAAACCCUUCUGCACAAUAUUUAGUUUGGACUUGUGCUUUUGAAACACAUGACACUUCUUAAAAGGCCCUUCUCAGUCUGAGUAAAUCCUGGUUAGUUUGUUGUGGGGGGUUGGUUUGACUCAACCCCAUGAUCGGAGUCAGGUGAUGGAAUUGGGAAGAAAAACUAAAAAAGGGACAAAUUGUUAGCUGUAGGAGCUUAGCAGCUGCUCUCCCUUAGUGAGGAGCUGUGACCCACUUAGAAAAUGGGUUCCUGUCCCAGGUCUCUGCUCUGGAGUUUAGGUGCAGCUUGUUUGAUGGGUAUUGUUGUUGGACAAACGACCACUGCCCAGGUCUCUGCGGAAUCACCAGUGGUAUCUGCUGGUUUUUCGUCAGCUGCUCCAAAUGCAACCAUUGUCGGGGUCUCUACGGUAUCAACUGCAGCUGUAACAGUAACAGCUGAAGUGCUGUCAACCACUGCAAACCCCACGGUGUCAUCUGGCACAACAGUAUCUGCUGAGGUUUCGUCCACCACCCAAACUGCAAGAGUGUCCACUAUUCCAAAUAGGACCACUGUUCAGGUUUCUCCAGGACCAACAUCAGCUGUGACAGCGUCGGCUGGGGUAACAUCAGCUACCCCCUAUGGCACAGUACCUACCAGCAUGCUGUCUACUGCUCCAAACAGGACAGCAUCUGUUGGGGUUCCAUCAGCCACUCCAUUCGUAACCACCAUGGAGUCCACAAACUGCAGUGCAGUGAACACAACAGCCUGUACAGCUUGUUCACCAGGAACGUUUCCCAGCAAUGAGACAUUGGGCUGUGUCUGCUGCUCAGAGGGCUUCUGCGCAGACCCUAUUGCUUGCAUACCCUGUCCAGUGGGUCACUAUCAGCCUCUAGCUGGACAACUGUCAUGUCUGCUUUGCCCACAAGGAUAUUACACUAAUUUAAUGAAAAGUGUUGUAUGCCUGCCCUGUCAGCCUGGCUCUUAUUCCAAUGAGUCUGGGGCACCAGCUUGCAGACCAUGUGGAAAAGGGCAUUUCAGCUUCCAGAAAAAUUCAGCAUUCUGCAUGCCGUGUCCACGUGGAUCAUUUUGCAAUACUACCAACUGCAGCAAUUGUACAAUUUGCCCCACUGGAGAAGAGGCCCUUACAGAAGCAUCUGAAGAAUGUGCACCUUGUCUGCCAGGUACAUAUAAAGGCCCCAGCAACAGCAAAUGUGAAAUCUGCAAUACAGGAGAAUACCAAGUAGGAAGAGGCAAGGAGAGCUGUGACAAAUGCCCAGAAAAUUAUUACUGUCCUAGUCCAGAUGUGAACCCAAUUGCGUGUCCUUCUAAUGCCUUCUGCCCAGCUGGGAGCACUCAACCACAAUAUUGUAUGGAAACAUUUCUUUAUAAGGCAGGAAACUCUUGUGAACUGGCUCCUCUAACCAUUGUAUUACUAGCCGUUUCUUCAGCAGGUGGAGUCCUUCUUUUGUCUGUAAUAAUUCUGAAACAAAGGCAAGAAAAUGGCAGGAAAACUUUAAAAUCUCCAUUACUUUCAAAAGGAGCGAGGCCACACACAACUUAUGGUGUGACUGGGCGCACAGAACCAGUUUAUGCUGGCUGGUAGUUAGCUAGGAUUGUACAGAGUUGUAAAAAUCACAAGCCUUUUCUCAGUUUCUAUUCUCAUGUCUGGUGAUUUGAUAGAUGUGAAUUUAGGACUGUGUCUGGGCAGAAUGUAAGACAUUAUUAAUCUAUGGGGAUUUGUUUGUGUAGCCAAAACAUUUAAUUGUACCAAUGAGUGAACAAAAAUGAAACUUAGAAAGUGAUUUGAUUUGUGCAGAUCUGGCUUAAUUCAAGAAUAAGAAGGUGCAUCCUUACACAUUAUCACUCCCACCUCCAAGGGACAAAAUUGUGUGUCAUGGCAAUCCUCUCAAUUUCAACAACAGACAAUACUGUGAGUGAGUAACGGUAGCAUCAUAUAACAUAGCCUCGUUACAGUAUGCUAGCUA